CAAAAUACAAUUGUGCUUGAGGGAGAAAACAAGAAACACUUGUAACAUUGAAAGAAAAAGAAAGGUUACAGUGAUAUAGGGUAUAAAUAUUAUAAAUAUUAGAGUAAAUAUAUGAAAAGGGGAAAAAUAGAAACAAGGAAAUGAGAGGAGAGGUUGAAUAUUUUUUUGGACUUGAUAUUUAAAUAAAAGUGGGAGGAGCUUCGGGGAGACACACACAUAGAGCGUUAAGUUGGAUUUGGAUUUGGAUUUGGAUGCGUUUCGGUGGAAAUCCGUUUUAUUCUCAGCAAAAUCACAAGCAGGAGGAAUAGAAACACUGAAGAUCAAAAGAAAGAAGUCAUGGCGACAGACGGGGGGAAAUCAGGUGGAGGUGAAAAGGGCAAUAAAGGAAAAUCAUCAUCCCAGGAUGCACAGCCAUCUCCUCUCGCUCUGCUUGCAGCCACAUGCAGUAAGAUAGGCGGCGUGGGCGGGGAGGGGCAGGCCGGCGUGCAGCAGCAGAUCAUCAUCGACCCCAGCCAGGGGUUAGUGCAGCUCCAGAACGCUCCUCAGCAGCUGGAGCUUCUCCCGGCUCAGUUCACAGGAAACGGCUGGCAGAUCAUCGCCGCUUCGCCUGCCACAGCUACUACAACCGUAACCAAGGACAACACGCAGGCCCCUGGCUUGGCCGCCAUUGCAACCGGGACAAGCGUGGUCCCUGUUGACGCCACGCCCGGGCGAAAGGUUAAAUCGGCCGGUGUGAACAAUGCGUCAGUCGCACAACAGCAACAGCAGCAAUUUCAGAUCAUCCAGGUCCAAAACAUGCCCAAUUCCACAGGAGGGAUUCAGUAUCAGGUGAUCCCACACUUACAGACCGCUGACGGUCAGCAGAUCCAGAUAAACCCCAGCAACCCGACCACUUUAAGCGUCCAGCCUGAGCAGAUUCAACUCAUUAACGCCGCUAACAACCAAGCCAUCCUGGCCACGCCUCCAAGAGCCACGUCAGCCAAUGUAGUUUCCCAGAAUGUCACAAAUCAGGCCAUCCCUGUGCAGAUUCGCCCCUCAUUUCCGCUCCAGCUGCAGACCAUUCAGGGCACACAAGCCCCCGUGGUCACUACGAUACCCAUAAAUAUUGGCGGCGUCACUUUGGCUCUGCCCGUCAUCAACAAUGUAGCUGCAGGAGGAGGAUCGGUGCAGCUGCUGCAGUCAAACGACAUGAACGUAGCGAACGGCAGCCAGUUGAUCACGACCAGCGUGGAAUCUACUUCCGGGACCACCAGCUUGACCACAUCAGUGGGCGGAGACUCCAUCUCUGCAGACGCUACAGCCUUAACUUCAGUGUCCAUGACAUCUGAUGCAGAGGGGCAAAAAGACAUACGGGCCCAGGGGGGCGAUUCUGACAGCCAGAGCACGGCUCAGUCCAAUGGGCUGCAAGUGUCCGAGCAGCAGGCCCAGGUGCAGCAGUUCCACAUCGUCAGCCACCCGGUGCUGCAGCAGAUCCAGAUCCAGCAGCCGCAGCAGCAGACGCAGGCACAGGCACAACAACAGCCCCAGCAGCUGGUCCAGGGCUCCAUCCAGUUGCAACCGGCGCAGACGCUGCAGCCGCUACAGCAGAACGUACAGCUGCAGGCCUUCCAGAACCCGGCACAGGUCUUGAUCCGGGCGCCCACGCUCACACCAACCGGCCAGAUCAGCUGGCAGACGGUGCAGGUCCAGAACGCAGGUAUGGCUCAGCAGCUCACACUGGCUCCGGUAGCCUCCAGUCCGAGCGGUGGCGCAUUCACACAGAUCGCUCCUCUCGCCAUCGGAGGAACGCCCAUCACGCUGAACACGGCCCAGCUGGCCUCCGGGACAGGCGUCCAGACGGUCAACAUUGCAGGGCUGGGCACCGCGGGGGUCCAGGUGCAGGGUGUCCCACUCACCAUCGCCGGGGUGCAGGGCCAGCAGCAGGGUCAGGAGGGGGUUAAAGUCCAGCCCAGCCCGGUGACCGUCACUGUGGGGAGCUUAACCAACGCCAGUCUGAACGCAGUGAGUCCGGACCAGCUGGGGCAGGCACAGAGUCCAUCAGAGCAGGAAGGUCAGCCAAGCAAGAGGCUGCGCAGGGUGGCCUGCUCCUGCCCCAACUGCAGAGACGGAGAGGGCAGAAACAACAACGACCCAUCGAAAAAGAAGCAACACGUGUGUCACAUGGAGGGCUGCGGGAAAGUCUACGGCAAGACGUCCCACCUGCGAGCUCACCUGCGCUGGCACACCGGGGAGAGGCCCUUCGUCUGCAACUGGAUCUUCUGUGGAAAACGCUUCACGAGGAGCGACGAGCUUCAGCGGCACCGCAGGACACACACGGGUGAGAAGAGAUUCGAGUGUCCGGAAUGUUCUAAGAGAUUCAUGAGGAGCGACCACCUGUCGAAGCACAUCAAAACCCACCAGGGCAAAAAAGGAGGCGCUGCGCUGGCCAUCCUCACCACCGAGGACAUGGAGGACGACGUAGAGGAGGCGCUGGGCUCGCCGAGGAUCGUCACUGUCGCCUCCAUCUCGCAGGAUUCCGACCCGGCCACGCCCACGACGUCUAACAACCUGGAGGAGGAGUUCGAGUAGCUCGGGGUCCAGAUCCUCCGCUCAAAGCACCAUGUUAUAUAUCAGCUUUUAGUUGUCUGUCUUUUGUUUGUUUGUAAUUUCUUUUUUUUCGUUCUUUUGAGAAUGGACAGCUCUUGGAGUGCAUCAGCUUUUCAGAUUUUUCAUAUGAAAAUGUAAAAAUGUUAUAAUAGAAAAGAAUCUAAAGAUUAUGAAUUUACCGUUUGGUUUUUAAGAGACGUACAGUGAUUAUCGGAAACGAGAUGAGUUGUCGGAGAGUGUUUUAUUUACAGGAGCACGAGGAGGGAUCUGUUGUUCCCAGUACGCAAAUCCACUAUGAAGAGUCUUUUCUUUAGGAUUAAAUUCUGUCUCUAUGCACAAAAUUGUACAUCUUUUCUCAAAUUAUGGAUCGACUUAUUAUUGGGAGUGGGGGGUUGGUGUAAAUGUAGGUUUUUAACGUAAAAUAGACAGCAGUUUUUCUGAAUGCAGUCAGACGAGAUUUGGGACUGAACAGCUCGACAUCUAAACGCAGUUCUACACCGAGUCGAUCUCUUAAGCGUCAUCGCAUCAACAGACGACUGUUCAGUGCCACACUCUUAGACAUUAGAGAAACUACAUUUAUGCAGAUCUCGAGCAAGCCUAGGAACGAAGGAAGGAAGACGAGAGGACAAGACAGAACCUGACACAGUGAAAAGCGUCCUAAAAAGCACAAAUUGAAAAAACUGAUAGAUUUAUAUUUAAAAAAAGAGAGAGAGAUGAUACAUUCCUAUAUGAAUAGAGGGAUGAUGUUGGGAGGCAGGAAGAAAAUAAAACCACAAGAGGCAAAUUUGGCUUCCUGAUAUUUGCUAUGUUAAAUGAAAGCAAUACUAUAAAGACAAUCCUUGUGAAACCAUGUUUACAUUAAAUAGGAGGCAGAAUAGAUUUUCUUUAAGAAGUGAAAAAGGAAACCACAGCAAACAGCCUAAAGGUCUUUUUGCAUCUCAAAAGUCAUAUGAACUGUCCUACAAUGCCUUAACACAGAGUGAUGAGCGAGAGGCUCACGUCGGGGGAAAUGGGGGC